GAGCGGAAACGGACCCUGUUGUAUUUUAUCGCGAGAACAGAGCACGGGAUUUGAGAGGGCCGGGAUUUUCAUUCAUCACUUCGAGGUUAGAAGAUGGCCGCUCCGGAUGUACGGCUUAAUCAUACAAUCUACAUCAACAACUUAAAUGAGAAAAUCAAGAAAGAUGAGUUGAAAAAGUCGUUGUACGCCAUCUUCUCACAGUUCGGACAGAUUUUGGACAUCUUGGUUGCACGAAACCUGAAGAUGAAGGGUCAGGCCUUUGUUAUUUUCAAAGAGGUCAACAGUGCUUCCAAUGCCCUGAGAUCCAUGCAGGGAUUCCCUUUCUACGACAAACCCAUGCGUAUCCAGUAUGCCAAGCUGGACUCGGACAUCAUAGCUAAAAUGAAGGGGACUUACGUUGAGCGUGAUCGUAAAAAGGAGAAGAAGAAGGUCAAAGGAGCUGAUGCAGGGGGGGCUAAGAAGGGCGUAGCAGGAGCCGCUGUACCCAUGGUUGCCGGGGUACCUACUGCCAUGCCUGGAAUGCCUCCCAUGAGCCAGGCUCCCCGUAUGAUGCACAUGCCGGGCCAGCCGCCUUAUAUGCCCCCACCUGGCAUGAUGCCUCCUCCGGGUAUGGCCCCUGGUCAGAUGCCCCCUGGCGGCAUGCCUCCUGGACAGAUGAUGCCUGGACAGAUGCCUGGACAAAUGCCCCAGCAGGUUGCAGAAAAUCCUCCCAAUCACAUCCUCUUCCUCACCAACCUGCCGGAGGAGACCAACGAACUCAUGCUCUCGAUGCUCUUCAACCAGUUCCCUGGGUUCAAGGAGGUGCGUCUGGUCCCUGGUCGUCACGACAUCGCCUUUGUGGAGUUUGAGAACGAGGUGCAGGCCGGCGCUGCACGAGACGCACUACAAGGCUUUAAGAUCACACAAGCGAACGCCAUGAAAAUCUCAUUUGCUAAGAAAUAACUUUUUAAGCCCAGUCUUUUUCUUACAUGCGCGCACACACAGGCUUUUUAGAAAUGUACAGCAGUGACCCAAACUAAGAAGCAUUUUUAGAAAUUGACGUUCAAGAGUGCAGUUCGGGCUGUUUUUCCCCCCUUCGUCCAGGAUUACAUGUAAGUAUACGUCUUUUGCAUCAGGUUGCAGUUUAUUAUCGUACCACACAUACGGAACUCUUGACUUAGAACAAAGGUCAGGUAAAUGUAUAGAGGGGUUCUUCAUCCUAGUGUUCAUUUUUUUUAUUUAAACUCAAAUCCACGAGCAACUUGAUGUCUCUUCUGUAUUUUGUUGUCAUAAAGCAUUGCACCCAGGGUCUGGUUUACCAGACAUUGUACCUGGAGCUUUUUUCUUUUAA